ACCAGAUUACCCUUUCAUUCUCUCCCGAAAAUCAUCUACCCGGCCAUCCAUCACACUAACCUCCAUGAGAUCCUGCGGACACCGAGGCGAAGCAGAGCUCCAAAACUCCACUCGUGGCUACCAAGAAUAACUUCACAACCAUGAAACCUUUGAGCUCGGUCACUUGUCUAUUCAUCUCAUUUACUUUUUUCUGUAUCCUCUCACUUUCUUUCCUCUUCUUCUCCUCAAGCCCCACACCCAAAGACCCCGAUCCCGCUCCCCUAAUUUCCAAAGAUACUAUCCAGUCUCCCACUCACAUCAAUGUCUACGUAGCAGAGCUCCCCAGAUCUCUCAACUACGGCCUUCUUGAAAAAUACUGGUCAUCUGAACCAGACUCCCGCAUCCCCACCGACCCGGACCACCCGAUCCCGCCUACCCAUUCGCCCAAACCCGCCAAAUUCCCGCCAUACCCUGAGAAUCCACUGCUUAAGCAGUACAGUGCGGAGUACUGGAUCAUGGGCGACCUGGAGACACCUCAGGAUCAGAGAAGCGGAUCUUUUGCCAAAAGGGUUUUCGCUGAAACUGAGGCUGAUGUGAUUUUUGUGCCAUUUUUCGCGACGCUAAGCACUGAAAUGCAGCUGGGAAUGGGAAGGGGAAUCUUCAAGAAAAAGACGGGCAAUGAAGACUAUCGCCGGCAGAGGGAAGUGCUCGACUUUGUCAAGAACACAGAGGCGUGGAAGCGGUCCGGUGGGCAGGAUCAUGUGUUUGUUCUUACCGACCCAGUUGCAAUGUGGCAUGUGAGAGCUGAGAUAGCACCGGCCAUUCUCCUGGUGGUAGAUUUUGGUGGGUGGUACAGGAUUGAUUCUAGGUCAUCCAAUGGUAGCUCAACUGAGACGAUACAACAUACACAAGUUUCAAUUCUCAAAGAUGUAAUUGUGCCAUAUACACAUCUGCUUCCCAGAUUGCACUUGUCGGAAGACCAGGAACGCAAUACACUUCUUUAUUUCAAGGGGGCUAAACAUAGACACAGGGGAGGUCUGGUCCGAGAGAAAUUGUGGGAUUUGUUGGUUAAUGAACCUGGGGUUAUAAUGGAAGAAGGCUUCCCCAAUGCCACUGGAAUAGAGCAGUCAAUCAAAGGGAUGCGAUCUUCCAUAUUCUGCUUGCACCCGGCUGGAGACACACCUACUUCAUGCCGACUAUUUGAUGCCAUUCAAAGUCUCUGCAUACCUGUUAUCGUCAGCGACAACAUUGAGCUUCCAUUCGAAGGGAUGGUGGAUUAUUCAGAAUUCUCUAUCUUUGUGGCAGAAAAUGAUGCAUUGAGAUCAAAUUGGCUGGUAAAUCACCUCAGAAGUCUUUCUAAACAGAAAAGGGAAAACUUCCGCCAGAAACUAGCUGAGAUCCAACCUAUUUUUGAGUAUGAUAACGGAUUUCCAGGUGGUAUCGGGCCAAUUCGUCCUAAUGGUGCUGUGAAUCACAUAUGGCAAAAAGUGUACCAGAAAUUGCCCGCAAUUAAGGAAGCCAUUGUUCGAGAGAGAAGAAAGCCACCAGGUGUAUCCAUUCCUCCUCGUUGCCACUGUACUUGAAUGUAUUCGUCAUUUUUAUCUUUCCUUUCAGUAUCUUGUAAUGCCUUGAGACUUUUGAUAUCUAGCAGGUUGGUACAAUUUUAAUUAUUAAUCAAUUGCGAAAGAAAGAAUUUAUUCUACACCAGCAA